CUACCGCAAGGAAAUUAAUUGUAUUCUGGACUGAAGUGAUAUUCACGAGUUAACUCGAAGUUGGACAAAAUGGACUCCAUCAAGAAGAACCUUGAAACCGCCAAGAACAAGGGCCAGGAUUACUAUAACCAGAUGAUGGGACAGCAGCAGAACUCCGAUGCCUCCCAGUAUGCCCAAGACGCCAAGAACAAGGCCAACGAGGGCAUGGAUAAGACCAAGCAGACGGCUAAGGAUUAUAUGCCCGAUCAGGCCGGGGAUCAUUAAAUCAUCCGCACAGUUGG